UUGGGGGAAAAGCGCGUCUUCCCUAGAGCGGCUCUCCCGCCCGGUCUCCUCUCUUUCCUUUUCAGCCUGACCUGCAGGUACGCCGGGAGGUCUCUGCGGACCUUUGCUUCCGCGGCCGCUCUCGCCGUAGCAGCCGGUCCGCAAGAAGCGGCUUCUCCCGUCCUGCCCGAAAUUGCGAUCCCCGCGAAAAAUGGCUGCGAUCCCGGCUCUCUCGCUGCGCCGGCGGCUCUGGCUCUCGCUCCUGCUUCACUUUUCUUUCGCGCUCUGGCUGAAGGGCAGCAGCUGUGCCGCCACCGCUCCGGAGGAAGCAGCGCUGAUGCCCAGCUCUUCCUCCCUGCCGGAAUCCGCCUUGCAGAAGCCCACCGUCUUCUUGGCCAUCCUCGCCAGGAACGCUGCCCGCUCCCUGCCCCAUUUCCUCGGCUGUGUGGAAAGGCUGCGGUACCCUAAGCACCGGAUCGCCAUCUGGGUGGCCACUGAUCAUAACAUUGACAACACAACAGCCAUCCUGAGAGAAUGGCUGAAGAAUGUACAAAAACUCUAUCACUAUGUCGAAUGGAGGCCAAUGGAUGACCCUCAGUUUUACCCAGAGGAAAUUGGACCGAAACAUUGGCCAAAUUCCAGAUUCACACAUGUGAUGAAACUGAGGCAGGCUGCUCUGAGAACUGCGAGGGAAAAGUGGUCUGACUACAUCAUGUUCAUAGAUGCUGACAAUUUUCUGACGAAUCCAGAAGUGUUGAAUCUAAUGAUAGCAGAAAAUAAAACUCUUUUGGCCCCAAUGCUUGAAUCUCGGUCUCUCUACUCUAACUUCUGGUGUGGAAUGACACCUCAGGGCUAUUACAAGAGAACACCAGAUUAUUCUCUGAUCAGGGAAUGGAAGAGAACUGGUUGCUUUGCAGUCCCAAUGAUUCAUUCCACAUUCUUGAUUGAUUUGAGAAAAGAGGCAUCAGAUAAACUGGCAUUUUAUCCCCCACACCAGGACUAUACCUGGACCUUUGAUGAUAUCAUUGUUUUUGCCUUCUCAAGUCGCCAAGCUGACAUUCAGAUGUACAUUUGCAAUAGAGAACAUUAUGGUUACCUUCCUGUGCCACUGAAGCCACACCAGAUGCUGGAAGAUGAGGCGGACAAUAUUGUUCACAUGCUGAGUGAAGCAAUGAUUGACCAUCCUCCAAUUGAACCCUCGAAGUUUGUCACAGUUCCUCCAAAACACCCUGAGAAGAUGGGAUUUGAUGAGAUUUUCAUGAUCAAUCUGAAGCGUCGAAAAGACAGGCGGGAUCGAAUGUUGCGGACUUUAUACGAACAGGAAAUUGAAGUCAAGCUAGUAGAAGCCGUGGAUGGAAAGGCCCUGAAUACAAGUCAACUAAAAGCUCUAAAUAUAGACAUGCUUCCUGGUUACCAGGAUCCAUACUCUUCUAGAGUGCUGACCAGAGGGGAGAUUGGCUGUUUCCUUAGCCACUAUUAUAUUUGGAAGGAGGUAGUAAACAGGGAGAUGGAGAAGAGCCUAGUCAUUGAAGAUGAUGUGCGCUUUGAACAUCAGUUCAAAAAGAAGCUCACAAAGUUAAUGGAUGAUAUUGAGAGAGCACAGCUUGACUGGGAGCUUAUAUAUAUAGGUCGGAAACGGAUGCAGGUGGAGCAUCCGGAAAAGGCGGUUCCCAAUGUGAUGAAUCUUGUGGAAGCUGAUUACUCUUACUGGACCCUGGGCUAUGCAAUCUCCUUGCAGGGAGCUCAGAAGCUGAUUGGAGCUCAGCCUUUCAGCAAGAUGCUCCCUGUGGAUGAAUUCUUGCCGGUCAUGUACAACAAGCACCCGGUUGCCAAGUACAUGGAACACUAUGAACCUAGAGAUUUGAAAGCUUUCUCUGCAGAGCCUUUGCUGAUCUAUCCAACCCACUACACUGGGCAACCAGGUUACCUCAGUGACACAGAGACAUCCACAAUCUGGGACAAUGAGACUGUGGCCACCGAUUGGGACAGAACACUCUCCCGGAAGUCACGACGACAGGGCCAGAUCCACAGAGAUGCCCAGAACAAGAAUGCCUUGCCACCUGAACCUUCUCUUGAAGCAUCAUCUGCCAGAGAUGAGCUAUGACUGUUAACUGGAUCAGUUACGAGUUACUGGAAACAUCAAUGGGACUUUUAGAACUUCGAGAGAUACUGUUGCACUUGUCUUCAUUGGCAAAAUUGUUUGACUGACUUGAACUAAGCAGGUGCCUGUCUCAUUUUGCAGGGCGAGUGGGUGAACCUGACUGAAUCAAGGGUGGUAUACUUUUUUUAAAAAAAUGUAUUGAAAGGAGCCCAAGUUUUUGCUGAUUGGCUUGUAUUAUAGGAAAUUCUAUAGAGCUGGUGGAGGAAUCUAAUAGGAAAUGAGGUUAUACUCAGGACAAAGGUUCCUUGAGCAAUGUCUUUCUACAGUUCUUGGUGUAGAGUUACUGUAUUUAUAAAAAUUAAUAUAUACAAGAGUUAGGAAAGGUCUACAAGAUUUUCCAUGUUAAUUAUUGGUCUAUUGUCUGCUGCAUUGCAUGAACUGUUACUGGAUUUGGUUUUGUGAACCAUAUUCUGAAGCAAAAAUGUUAGGAACUCUCCCAGUUCCCAAGGGAUAAAUGCCAAAUAGCAUCUCCUGUCUUGAAAUUAUCAGACGACGGAAUAGAUUUCCCUUUUGUUCAUCACAUGAAUUCCCAAUGAUACUAAUUAUUUCAUUUCCUUUUUAAUCAUAAGCUAUGAACAACAAUUCACUUGUCACUAAGAAUUUCUGGAGUUCACAAUUUUUUAACAUUUAUUCCUAGUUUUGCAUCUUCAUCCUUACCACACCUUCAUGAAAGUUAAUGAAGAUGUCUAAUAGAUGGAGAACCAAGAAUUGAGAGACCUGGAAGUAAACCACACACCCUCCUCAGCCAGCAGCUGGGAGUGAUGCACAGCCUAAUAGAAGAGAAUAUCUGUAGCUCAGGGUUGAACUGUGGAGGCCUUGGUGCUCUCUGAGCUUGGUUGUUUGCCUGUAGACAUUUCAUUACCUGACUAGGAACAUCAUGAGGGCACAAAUGUCAUUGCUGCAUGCUGUAAGGCUCUCGGUUUAUCCUUCGUGCUUUUAUGACCGAGGAGGAAUUUCAACCCACAUCUGUAGAUUCAGGCUGAGAAAUCUGACAGCAUUAAGCAUUUUGAUCUAAUAGUUUUGACAGUUUGAUCUCAUUUACCCAUGAACUAUACUGAAGGACAUGUGGCCAUUUUUUUCUUUGUAUGAUGUUCAAACUUCAUCAUUUGGGAUGAGCUGUGAUAUACGCUCCACUGGAGAACUUCUCAGUGUGCAAAGUCUACAUUUUUAUAACAUACCAUAAAAGUCCGUGGUCAUUUACUUCAAGGGUUUUGUCCAGCUAAUGUAGACUUCAGAGUUGGAUGGGGAAAAACAUUCUGAAGCAAAACAUUUAAAAAGACAAUCAAAAGAAUCUGUAUGUGUUUAACCUGCUACUGUACAGAUGUUCUACCCAAGAAUUGCUAUUCUUAGAUGAAAUAACAGUAGGGUUAUAUGUUUUUUCUAAAAGGGACAUGUGCAGCUUAUCAGCUGGUCUGAUAAUAUAUAUAUAGCAAUGAGUGCAAUGAGUUGGUGUCUUGGUCAUUUAUUUGUGGCUUUAAUGUAGCAUUGUAGUCUGGAGUGAUCUGUGGGAACAAGAAACUGGUUUGAAUGCUUUAUCUGUCGAGAUUAAAGAAACAUAAAAUGCUUUGAAUCUUGAACCUACA